AUGUAUCCAAAAGAUAUUAUGAAGAAGGAUAAAGACUUCAAAAUGGGUGAUACAGAUUUUGUUCAAAGUGGUGAUGUGAGUAUUUCAAGAUGGAAAGAUAGAGGUAAGAAACCAGUCACUGUUGUUAGCAAUAUGCAUAAUGCUUCUGCAACAGAAAUUGUUCUAAGAACCAAUUAUAGAGGGCAAAGGACACCUAUUUUAUGUCCAUCAAGUAUAGCCGAUUAUAAUCGUUAUAUGGGCGCAGUUGACCGCUUUGACCAGUAUAUGUCUGCUUAA